GAGCCGGCUCUGCUCAAACAUGUGUAGCUCACAAAGUAACCACACGUAGCCCGGAGCAGGAGUUUUCACAAGAGCAAGAAAUUAAUUGUCCGAGCUCCGGCUGACAUGGAAAAAGUCAGCAAAGAUGCCAAGACGAACCCGGCGGCGACGGCCAACUUUCUGUCGAAGGUUUUCUUCUGGUGGCUGAAUCCUUUGUUCCGCAUGGGCUCCAAGCGCAGGCUGGAGGAGGACGACAUGUACGAAGUUCUCACAGAGGACCGGUCGGAGAACCUGGGGCAGGACCUGCAGAGGUUUUUGGAUAACGAAGCCAAAAAAAAAAAAUUUAAAAGUGCUACCACAGGUGAUCAACAUGUUUUGUCUUGUUUCCAAACCUGAACUAGUCUGAUUCUUGGUUCUAAAAUGAUUUUUGCUCUUCUUCUCCUGUAGGAGACCAUUAAAGUGGUGCAGCCAGUUAUCUUGGGUCAGGUGAUCCGGUACUUUGAGAGUUACGGCUCAGUUGAUGAAACUGCUUUUUACGAGACGCUGGGCUACGCAGCCGGGAUGUCCUUCUGCGCCAUCUGCCUGGCUGUGCUCCAUCACCUCUACUUCUACCACGUUCAGAGGGCAGGCAUGAAGAUCAGAGUGGCCAUGUGUCACAUGAUCUACAAGAAGGCGCUGUGUCUGAGCAGUUCAGCCAUGGGAAAGACCACCACAGGUCAGAUAGUCAACCUACUUUCCAAUGAUGUCAACAGGUUUGAUGAGGUAACUAUUUUCCUGCACUUCCUGUGGGUGGGACCCCUUCAGGCAGCUGCCGUUGUUGGUCUGCUAUGGGAGGAGAUCGGUCCGUCCUGCCUGGCAGGAAUGGUGGUCCUCUUGAUCCUGAUGCCCACGCAAACCAUGUUUGGGCGUCUGUUCUCUAAGUUCAGGAGUAAGACAGCCGUUCUCACAGACAGCCGAAUCCGCACAAUGAACGAAGUGGUUUCAGGAAUCAGGAUCAUCAAGAUGUACGCCUGGGAGAAACCCUUCGCUGCUCUGGUCUCUGAGGUCAGAAGGAAGGAGAUCUCCAAGAUCAUGAAGAGCUCCUACCUCCGAGGUCUCAACAUGGCCUCGUUCUUCUGCGCCAGCAAGAUCAUCCUCUUCGUCACGUUCACGCUCUACGUGCUGCUGGGGAAUCCCAUCUCGGCCAGCCGUGUGUUCGUGACCGUGUCGCUGUACACCUCCGUGCGCCUCACCGUCACGCUAUUCUUCCCCUCUGCUGUCGAGAAGCUUUUUGAGACCCGCGUGAGCAUUCGAAGGAUUCAGGAGUUCCUGCUGCUGGAUGAGAUCACCACCAACAGCUCGGCUCUGCUGCAGGAAGACAAGAAGGAUCCUGGCGUGGAGAUCCAUGACCUCAUCUGCUACUGGGACAAGACUUUAGAUGCUCCAUCUCUGCAAGACGUCUCCUUCACCCUCAACUCCAAUCAGCUGCUCGCUGUAAUCGGACCAGUAGGAGCUGGAAAGUCGUCUUUACUGAGCUCCAUCCUGGGAGAACUGCCCUCAGACCAAGGCGUGGUGAAGGUCAAAGGUCAGCUGACCUAUGCGGCGCAGCAGCCCUGGGUCUUUCCUGGAACCAUUCGGAGCAACAUCUUGUUUGGGAAAGAACUGGACCCCCAGAAGUACGAGAAAGUCAUCAAAGCGUGUGCCUUGAAACGGGACCUGGAGCUGCUCCCAGACGGGGACCAGACGCUGAUAGGGGACAGGGGAGCCACACUCAGUGGGGGACAGAAAGCUCGAGUCAACUUGGCCAGGGCUGUGUAUCAGGACGCAGACAUAUACCUCCUGGAUGAUCCUUUAAGUGCCGUUGAUGCCGAGGUUGGGCGGCACCUCUUUGAACAGUGCAUCUGUGGGCUGCUGAAGAAAAAGCCUCGCGUCCUCGUCACGCACCAGCUGCAGUACCUGAAGGCAGCGGAUCAGAUUCUCGUUCUGAAGGAGGGUCACAUGGUGGCGAAGGGAUCGUACACGGAUCUGCAGAGGUCUGGAGUGGACUUCACCUCCCUACUGAAGGAGGACGAGGAGCAGCAGCAGCAGCCUCACGACGUUCCCGCCAGGAACAGAACCCUGUCCCAGAAUUCAACGCUUUCCCAGAGCUCUUCUGUCCACUCAGUCAAAGAUGGAGACCACCUGCCGACGGAGACGGUGCAGAUGGUACCAGAAGAGAGUCGAGCUCAGGGGACCAUCGGACCCAAGUUGUACAUAAAGUACCUGCGGGCUGGAGCCAGCGUCGUCACCCUGCUGGUCGUCUUACUGGUGAACUUCCUGGCUCAGGUGUCUUACAUCAUGCAGGACUGGUGGCUGGCCUACUGGGCUGAGAAACAAGACGAUCUACUCGCCAAGAACGGCACCAACGCACAAAACACCACAGAGCUGGAUUUAAGUUUCUACUUGGGUGUUUAUGGAGGCCUGACUGCAGCCACCAUCCUGUUUGGCUUCAUGAGGAGCCUCAUCCUGUUCGACGUGCUGGUGAGAUGUGCGCAGUCGCUUCACAACCGCAUGUUCAACUCCAUUCUCAGAACCCCGGUGCACUUCUUUGACAUCAACCCCAUCGGAAGGGUGCUGAACAGGUUUGCAAAGGACAUCGGCCAGCUGGAUUCCAACCUGCCGUGGACGUUUACGGACUUUGUUCAGGUGUUCAUGCAGAUUCUCGGGGUCAUCGCCGUGGCGUCAUCAGUCAUCCCCUGGAUCCUCAUUCUGGUCGUUCCCCUCCUUGGAAUAUUUCUCUACCUGCGUCAGUACUUCUUGCGAACCUCCAGAGACGUCAAGCGCCUCGAAUCCACCACUCGUAGUCCCGUCUUCUCCCACCUGUCCUCAUCGCUUCAGGGCCUGUGGACGAUCCGAGCCUUCAGAGCCGAGGAGAGGUUCCAGAAAGCCUUUGAUGCCCAUCAGAACUUGCACUCAGAGGCCUGGUUCCUGUUCCUGGUCACCUCUCGCUGGUUUGCUGUUCGUCUUGAUGGCAUGUGCGCCUUCUUCGUCACCAUCACCACGUUUGGCUGCCUACUGCUCAGAGACCAGAUGGACGCCGGUUCUGUUGGCCUGGCUCUGAGCUACGCGGUCACUCUGAUGGGGAUGUUCCAGUGGGGUGUCCGGCAGAGCGCCGAGGUGGAGAACCUGAUGACGUCAGUAGAGAGAGUGGUGGAGUACACAGAACUGGAGAGUGAAGCACCCUGGGAAAUGCAGAAGCGCCCUCCUCCUGAUUGGCCCAACAAAGGCCUGGUGAUCUUUGACCGGGUCAGCUUCUCCUACAGCGAUAACGGCCCUGUGGUGCUGCAGAACCUGGAAGCCACGUUCAGACCCAAAGAGAAGGUGGGUAUUGUUGGGAGAACUGGUGCUGGGAAGAGCUCCCUGGUCUCGGCUCUGUUCCGCCUAGGAGAACCUCAGGGAAAGAUCUACAUCGACGGUGUGGUGACAUCUGAGAUCGGCCUCCAUGACCUGCGGCAGAAGAUGUCCAUCAUUCCUCAGGAUCCGGUGCUGUUUACAGGCUCAAUGAGGAAGAACCUGGACCCUUUCAGCCAACACACUGAUGAAGAACUGUGGAACGCCCUGAGAGAGGUGCAGCUGAAGUCUGUGGUGGAGGAGCUGCCGGGAAAGUUGGAGACGGUUCUGGCCGAGUCCGGCUCCAACUUCAGCGUGGGCCAGAGGCAGCUGGUGUGUCUGGCCAGAGCCGUACUGAGGAAGAACCGCAUCCUCAUCAUCGACGAGGCCACGGCCAACGUGGACCCCAGGACGGACGAGCUGAUCCAGAAAACCAUCCGGGACAAGUUCAGUGAAUGUACGGUGCUCACCAUCGCUCACCGCCUCAACACCAUCGUCGACAGCGACAGAAUCCUGGUUUUAGAUGCAGGAAGGAUCCACGCUUACGCCGAGCCGUACGUCCUGCUACAGGACACCAACAACAUCUUCUAUAAAAUGGUGCAGCAGACGGGCAAACAGGAGGCAGCAGCUCUGACAGAAGCAGCUAAACAGGCCUACGAGAGCAGAAUCCAUCCCAUCGUAUUAAACGGACACACGCCAACAACAGACGGUAACUUGGUUCUCUUUGAAACGGCUCUGUGAGCUCAGAGAGACUAAAGCACGACCGUCAGACUCCAGAGAGAGCGCGGGCCUGAGCAGCGGCGCGGACCGGAUCAACAGUACGGCGUCCAGCAGCUCAGACAAUCUACGCUUGACAAACUACAAUAACUUAUAAUGCUGCUGUAAAA